AUGAAACCUGAAGAUGAGCACCUACUGACAGGGCCAGAACCAGGUCCAGCUCAAAGCGAGGGUCUUUCAGAAGAGGAACUGAACGCAAUAGACGGUGAUUUAGAGUCCAUGUUCUACCCUCCUAGGCCUUCGGACGCGCAGGUCACCCGAUACCGAGAAAUAGGAGCUCAACUUCAAACGUGGAUAGAUGACCCGAACGCCGAAGGCUGUACUGUUGCCGAAGCAACUCUAACAAUGCAGGACCUGCUAGACGAUAACUGGACUCUGCGCGACAGCAGGUUCGUGCCCUCUGUUUCUGAUCUUCCAGAGACAGCGCGCAUAAUGAUGGGGCUCCCGAGCCCGGACAAUGGUGCCCAACUCCGGCAUAUGCGUAUUGAGCGGCAUGGCGGACGUGAUGCACAAGCCAGCCGCGCGCAGGUUAGAAUGCCGCGAUAUAACAGUCAUUCCGUGACAACUGGGGAUGGCUUCAUUGUUUGCCACAGAAUGUUCAGGUGGGAUGGCCCCUGGUGGAAUGAGAUCGCUAGGGCUUUCUACGAAGUAGACUUCCCCAUCGGAGCUUUGAAAUACGUUGCCUUUAUGGAGAUCGUGAAUGAGCAGACGGCACCACUUGUCGUGGGUGUACACUAUCCUAGGAGAGGUAUAAGAUUUGCAACCAUGGGAGUCGACGAACCCGACCAGGUCUGGCUACAUGGUAGUCGUGAGUACCAGGAGAUACUCGGCACAGCACUCGGCAAAUCGGUAGCCUAUCUCAUCUUGUCUUGUUUCCAGAGAGGUACAAAGCGAAUCUCUCGUAUCUUAACUUGGAAUACCCCAGUUGCCUUUAGUCCAUCGCUGGGCAUGCUUUUUGAGAUUGAAAACACAGCCUGA